UUUUCCGCACGCACGCGGCUGGCUUCCGACAGUCCGACUCUAAAUUCCACGAAAUCGAAAAUAAAAGUGAAUAUUCACUUUCAACUCAGUUCGAAGCUAAAAAAUCUGUGUUUGAUUCAUUAAACGAAGAUGAAAGGUCUGAAAAAGACGUAAAUGUAGCUGGUAUCUUGUCUAUUUCUUCUUUUUUCCGCGGAAAUAUAAAGACAAGGCUCCGCUCACACAAGAGUAUGUACAUAUUACCGUGGAAAACUUUACUAAAACAUCGCAGAAGUUUAGUGACGACAAAGCUGUGAUAUUUACAAUCGAUACCAUUUUACGAACUUUGCGGAAUGGCUCAAGCAACACCAACAUCGGGAUUACUUGCUUCGUGUAGAGGAACAGUUUAUUUGCUCAAGAACAAGAGAUGGGAUGCAUUGUUUGGAAUGAAUGUUUACAGGUUGCAUUUGGUUCGACAAGCAGGAAAUUUUAUUUUGUUGAUUGUUGAUGAUCAACGAAAUCUCGCGACGAAGGCGAAAAUCUUGCUACGUUUUAAUACAGUGAUGAAAAUGAUAAAGCAGAACUUCUUUAGUUUGCUUGAUAAUGGUGUGUUGGUAUGGGGCUUUGAAAUUUCAUCCCAAUCAACGGGGUCACAAACCUUCUCAAUUGUCCUUCAGAACACCCUGACGUCCUUGAAAGAGUCUCAUGUCAAUCCAUCAUCAAACGUAACUGUUGGAAACAUCCAGCAAAGUUCAGCAGCGAAACUUCCAGAGGGCAGAGGAAAACAGGAUUACUUGAAUAAUAUAUGUAUGACACUGAGUGAUGCAAUAAGUCAAGGCAAUGAACAGUUUGCAAGCAAUCUUGCACAACAAUUAGCAGCCCAGAAGGCAGCUGUUAAGAUCAAAAUUAAUGAUCCUACGAAUGAUGAAAAUAUAACUGGUGGAGACAAUAAGAUUAAUAUCAAAGUACAAGUCGAGGACAAAGAGUCGGCCCCAUGUAGCUUCAGGUUCGACGUUGCACCGCAAACGACCAUAGACCAGCUGAAAAAAAUGGUGCAAACGCAGUACAAUUUUCCCGCUGAAAUUCAAUACUGGAUUAUCGAAAAACGUUUAUCAAAACCGCACGACAGUCUUGCGGAUUGUGGAAUCCGAGAAUCGGGCCAUACCGUCUACUUGUAUCUCAAAUCUCAUGACUCAGCAAAUUUUAACGACGGAGCCAUGCAGGCCUGGGGAGAGAGACGCGAACCUGCUGUUGUCAAUCAGGGACUAAACCGAGCCAAUAGCGCCAGCGAUGUCACGGCUCAAGCAUAUCAGAGACCACACAAUGAUCCUCGGAGCUUGCCGGAUAUGAAUUCGCAGAGAAUUCGUGAAGCUCCGGCACCUCCCGCGCCUCCUCCUGUAGGAUGGAAAUGUCCCAUGUGUACCUUCGUGAACUCUCCGUCGAGGCCUGGAUGCGAGAUGUGUUCGACGGACAGACCACAAGACUAUCAGGUACCUGAUGGGUAUGUACCGGAUGAAAGAGAACGAGAAAGGCUGGAACGAGUACAAGCUGGAGAGAUACUGCUAUUUGAGGCUGAGGAGAAGCGGAAACGUUUAGCUAUGGAAGAGAGAGAUCGUAAUUACCAGACAAUCAUGUCAGUUGUCCUGCGUCAACCAUUGAUUGAGAAUCAAGAAGAAAUUGAAUGUCCUAUUUGUUUCGAUACGAUACCAGUUGGAGAAGGAGUAGUUUUGAGAGAAUGUCUGCACAGUUUCUGCAGGGAAUGUCUUAUUGGACACAUUAAUGCAUUAACUGACGCUGAGGUUCAGUGUCCGUAUGAUAACGGAGACUUUCAAUGUCACGAUGUUAUCACAACUCAAGAAAUACAAGAGCUUUUGAGUGAGGAGGAUUUCCAGAAAUACCUUCAACGUAGUUUGUCAACAGCUGAGAGCCAAGCUGCGAAUAGUUUUCACUGUCGAACGCCGAACUGUCAUGGUUGGUGUAUUUAUGAUGAUGAAGUAAAUGAUUUUGAUUGUCCUGUGUGUCAGAAGAGAAACUGCCUGACCUGCAAAGCUAUCCAUUUCCCUGUCAACUGCAAGGAAUACCAGGAUGAUUUGAAGAGAAACGCAGCGAAUGACGAGGCCGCUAGAAAGACACAAGAAUAUCUCCAGGAGAUGUUAAGGACAAACGACGGUAUGAAUUGUCCAACGUGCGGAAUUAUUCUUGUCAAAAAGGAUGGCUGUGAUUGGAUGAAAUGUUCAAUGUGUAAGACUGAAAUAUGCUGGGCUGUCCGUGGACCAAGAUGGGGGCCUGGGGGUCCUGGUGAUACAAGCGGAGGUUGCAAAUGCCGCGUCAACAACGUACGCUGUCAUCCAAAAUGUGGAAACUGUCAUUAAUGGCCGGCGUUGCAUAAUAUGUUUAAACUACCGCCAUCGACUUAGUUUCAACUCAUGCAAACAUUAGUUAUGAAAUUUUUGUUACGUUUAGUUAUAAA